CACUGUUGGCCUUCUCAUUACAGCUUUCCUUGCAUCAACUAAAACAAGCUAUACAUGGUACCGUGGUAAUGAACUUGCAGCUGGAAUCAAUGUAUGAAUCCUUCUUAAAUAAUCAAGUUCCCCAAAAUUGGUCCAGCUUUGCUUAUCCCUCUUUGAAGUCAUUAGCUAGUUGGGUAGUGGAUCUUGUUUUGAGAUGUUCAUUUAUAGACUUCUGGAUAAAGAUGGGACAACCCUUUUCUUUCUGGUUACCUGGAUUUUUUUUCCCUCAAGGUUUUCUAACUGGAGUUUUACAGAACUACGCACGUAAAUACAAUCUAGCUAUCGACCGACUUAAUUUUAACUUUACUAUAUUACCACAAUAUCGUCAUCAAAAAGAUUACAUCCAAGCUCUCACAACGAUGACAUUUGGAGAAGAACUAGACAUUGAUAAGGAAAUUGGGAAAAUAAAAGAUGGUGUUUUGGUGCAUGGACUCUUCAUGGAUGGAUUUGGUUGGGACAUUAAUAGCAUGAUGUUAGCAGAUUCCAAGCCAGGUGAAAUGACUGCUUCAUUACCAAUGAUGCACCUGGAGCCUUCGCCUAAUGUUGAAAUUUUAGAGUCAGACUAUACCAGUCCAUUGUAUAAAACUGCUCAACGUGCAGGAGUGCUAUCCACAACAGGUGAGUCUAAAAUAUUUGUUGAUAAUUCUUCUUAA